AUGAGUGAAGUCAUUUUACAAAAGGAUUAUGAUGUUUCACAAGUUUCUCCAGAUGUAUGUGUAUUAUCACCUAGUUCAGCACUUUCUUCUGCAUUGAGUGAUUCAUUUCCAGCACCAUUACAAAGUGUAAUAUCAAACAUGAAUCGACAUAUAAAAAUCCAACGCAGACAAGGAUAUCAAGAGUGGAAUGCUGAAUUAAAUCACGUUAUUAAUAAAAACCAAAAAAAAAUAACUGAUGUAUUUCUGAAAAACGAUGGAAUAAGAAGAAAAUCAUCAGCUUCAAAAUCUGUUUAUAAUGUUAAUCAUUCACGUCAAAUUCAACUAUCUAAAUCUAUUGUACAAAAUCUAAUCAUUGAUUUCGGUUUACCAUUAUCAAUAGUUGAACAUGAAGCAUUUAAUAGAUUCAUGAAUACAAUAGAUCCAAAGUUUACUAUGACUAGUAGACGAACAUUAAGUCGUACAACAAUUCUACGUUUAUAUGAUAUAAUGAAUGAUGAAUUAAAGAAGUUUUUGACAGAUAAUGCUGCCAACAACAUUAAAGCAUUUGAAAAUUUAAUAAUAGCAGGUUUUCAGAAUCAUUUUGAUAUUGAAGAUAAUGAUAAUGAUGACGAAGGAAGUGAUAUUAAUGUAGAUGAUGUUAACGAUGGUGAUAAUGAAGAAUUGUCUAUACAAGUUAGAGAUAAUGAUGAUACGGAUAUAAUUGAAUUAAUUAAACAUAGUUUUCAUAGUAUUGCUGCAAAUAGUGAAGCAUUACAUAUACCAUGUUUUGCUCAUACUAUACAGUUGAUCGCAAAUGACGGUUUAAAGCAAAUUUCAUCAAUACAAACAGCUUUAUCAAAAGUUUCAAAGAUUGCUAAACUAUCUCAUACGAGUAUUAUUUUUUCAGAGAAGCUGGAAAACAUAGGAAAAUCAAUACAUAAAGCCAACGGUUCAUUCUCAAAAGAUAUACAAUCUUUUUUAUAA